AUGUCUUAUAGUACACGUAGAAGUGGUGGCUACGCUGGCCAGCAACAACAACGGCAACCUUCUCCACAACAGAAUGUAGGAAAUAUCGGCCAACGGAGGCCUGUAGUGACAAACAAUUUUGUUGCGGGUGGACAGCUGAAGCCUCCGGCCAAACCAGCAGGAACUGCUCAGCAGCAAAUUAGACCACCACAACAGGCACAGCAACAGUCUAGCACUAUCCAGUUUAGAAAUCAAGCUCAGACCCAACAGCAACAGACUAAACCGCAGCAAACAGCUGCGCAACAAGCGGCUGCGACAGCAGCUGCUCAACAACAAGCGGCGGCAGCAGCUGCUCAACAACAAGCGGCGGCAGCAGCUGCACAACAACAAGCGGCGGCGGCAGCUGCUACAGUAGCAGCUCAACAAGCGACUGCAGCGGCGGCUGCUGCAGCAGCAGCUGCACAACAAGUAACGCAACAUGCUGCUGCUGCACCGCAACUGGCCGAUACAAAUGGAACUGCAAUGGAAACGGAUGAUGUAAAGCCGAAAAAGCCUUUCUGGGCUAGAGGUGGUGGAAAGGUUACUAAAAAAGAAAAAGUACGUAGACGCAAUGUAAGAUUAAGCAAAAUGUUGCAACCAAAAAAUGCGGUCAUGAUUUUGAAUGAAUUGGUGAAAAAUACUUCGUAUAUGGUAGAUGAAUUACCAUUGAAACAUGAAGGUAACCAGUUUAAAGCUACAGUUAUGUACGAAGGAGUUGAACAUGCCGGAUAUGGUCGUAGUAAGAUCCAAGCCAAAAACACAGCUGCUGAAGCUGCACUCAAACAUUACGUGAAAACUAACAAACUGACAGAAGUGAAAAAAGAUGAAGAAGGUAAUGAAAAGAUGGAUGUAGCUGAAGAUGAUGCCAACCAGUCACCUUUGCCAUGGCAACAUGUUGCCUCAUUCGCUCUGUACAAACUCUUCUCUUCAUGGGGGGAAGACCCGAAUCUUGUUAAGAACCAAACCCAAAAUCUUUCCUCUAGUGAAAAAAUGCAUGAAAACAAACCGGCCAAAAAGAUGCCAGACAAUCCUGAGACCAUCAAUCCCUUGAUGCUUAUCAACCAAAUGUUGCCGCAAGCGCAAUUUGAGGAAAUCGGCAAGACUGGCAACCCACCAAAUGUGGUCUUCUCCUUCAAAUGUAUCGUUGAUGAACAUGUGUUUAUGGGAACUGGACCGAACAAGAAGGCAGCAAAGAAAAUGGCAGCUUUUGGAGCGUGCAAUAAAGUUUUGGAUAUUAAAUAUCCACCAGAAGUAUAUUCUCCUAUAUAUUAA